GGCCUGCCACCGCAUGGCCCAAGCCCAACCAACAACGGCCAUGUGAUUCAGUCAGGAAGAUCCCUCCCUCCCCCCUCUCGCUCGCUGGCUCGCUGCGCACCACCAUUCCAAUUCCAAUUUCCAUCUCGUCCCGUCUCCUCGCUCGCUCACCAAAUGUUGCCCGCCGCCGCCUUCGGCCGAGGCCCGCCUGGCCAUGAUGGAGCUGGCCAACAUGAUCUCCGUCCCCAUGGCGCUGACGGCCGUCAUCCGGCUCGGCGUCCCCUCCGCCGUGUGGGCCGGCGGCGCCAACGCCCCGCUCUCUGCCGCGGAGCUCCUCCCGGAGGGCCACCCGGACCCGUCCGUCCUGGAGCGGCUCCUCCGGCUGCUGGCCUCCCGCGGCGUCUUCUCGGAGCACGGCGGAGGGUCAGCAGGGUCCCCACGGCGGUUCGCGCUGACGGCGGUGGGGCGCACCCUGGUGCCGUCUGGCCCGUCGGGCGCGUCCUACGCCGACUACGUGCUGCAGCACCACCAGGAUGCGCUGGUGUCGGCGUGGCCGCGGCUCCACGAGGCGGUGCUGGACCCCGCGGGGCCCGAGCCGUUCGCGCGCGCCAACGCCGGCGUCCCCGCCUACGCCUACUACGGCAGGGACAGGGAGGCCAACGAGGUGAUGCUCCGGGCCAUGACCGGCGUGUCGGAGCCCUUCAUGGAGGCGCUGCUGGACGGAUACGCCGCCGGAUUCGAGGGCGUGGCCACGCUGGUGGACGUCGGGGGCAGCUCCGGGGCGUGCCUGGAGAUGAUCAUGCGCAGGGUCGACACCAUCAGGGAGGGGAUCAACUUCGACCUGCCAGACGUCGUCGCCGCCGCGCCGCCCAUCGUCGGGGUGCGGCAUGUGGGUGGAGACAUGUUCAAGUCCAUCCCCUCCGGCGAUGCCAUCUUCAUGAAGUGGGUCCUGACGACGUGGACCAACGAGGAGUGCACGGCCAUCCUCGGCAACUGCUACAGCGCGCUGCCGGACGGCGGCAAGGUCAUCGCCUGCGAGCCUGUGGUGCCGGAGGAGACGGACGGCAGCACCAGGACCAGGGCGCUGCUCGAGAACGACAUCUUCGUCAUGACCACCUACCGGACCCAGGGGAGGGAGCGCUCCGAGGACGAGUUCCGCAACCUCGGCAUCGCCGCCGGCUUCACCGGCUUCCGCGCCAUCUACCUCGACCCCUUAUAUGCCGUCCUAGAGUACACCAAGAACAAGUGAUCAACUUGCAUUCUUCUCUCAACUUCAUCAAAUAAACAAACAUGAUCCUCUUCUUUUCUUUCUUCUCGUCACGGUUGAGUUGAGUAACAUGAGAAAUAAAAGUAAGGGCAGGUGGGAGCAGAUUACAAUUA